AUGACCUCCCGAAAGACACAGCAAGAGAUCGAUAAGACCUUUAAAAAGGUCGCCGAAGGGAUUCAGACAUUCGAAAGUAUUCAUGAGAAGGUCAAGGCCGCCACGAAUCCCACCCAGCGCGAUAAGCUCGAAGAGAACCUCAAGCGCGAGAUCAAGAAGCUGCAAAGGUUCCGCGAUCAGAUCAAAUCAUGGGCAGCUGGCAACGAGGUCAAAGACAAGGCUCCGCUACUCGAGCAGCGGAAGGCCAUUGAGACGUGCAUGGAGCAAUUCAAGGCCGUCGAGAAGGAGAUGAAGACGAAAGCCUACUCCAAAGAGGGUCUCUCCGCCGCAUCACGACUCGACCCGAAGGAAAAAGAAAAGGUAGAAGCAUGCGACUUCCUGUCGACCAUGGUCGACGAGCUCCAACAACGGAUUGAGGCCAUGGAGGCCGAGGAGGAGGCAUUGCAGGCCCAAAUGAAGAAGGGGAAAAAGGACACGAACAAGGCCAACCGCAUGGCAGACAUCUCGAGGGUAACGGAACGGCAUAAGUGGCAUGUCAACAAACUCGAGUUCCUCAAUCGAUCCUUACAGAAUGGCAACUUGGAGGUGAAUCAGGUGCUAGAUCUCAAGGAGAGUAUCAAGUACUAUGUCGACGAAGGGCAUAAUGUUGACUACUCUGGAGAGGAUGAAACGCUCUAUGAUGACUUGGAUAUUGGAGAGGAGGUCGAGGCUCAGUUCGGCAUGGGAGCAGAGAACGAUCGUGUAUCGUCUCAAGAUGCCCAAUCCAUUCAAGACGACGAACCAGAGCCGAAGCCGAAGCCCUCGAAAGUGGAUGCUACAUCACAUCGUCGACCGUCUACACAGAUGAAGUCACCGCUCCCCGUUCUUGCUACGCUCCAUCCAUCCGCCUCGUCCAGUGCCCUCCCAGGCAUGAAACCCGCCCCUCUACCGACUCGCCUGCCUGGAGAAACGCUCAAGUAUGCUUCCGCCGCGGCGGCUGCAGCUGCCAGCGACAAGAGUGGUGUUGGGAUUCUGCCUCUGCCCCCACCACCGGGUGCUAGUCCUGCUUUUUCAAACGUUCUCCCCGUCUCGAAGGCAUCAUCCACAGCUUCGCCAGUUGUGUCUUCCGUACAACCUGUCGCUAGGCCAACGACAACGGCCGGACCAUCUGCACCACCAGCAGUGUCCGCAUCGUCGUCGGAAGAGGCUGUGCCAUUGGCAGUGCGGUCUAAGACAGCUGUUGGCGCAGCAGCCUCUAGCUCAUCAUCGCCUGCACCCGCCCCAACGCCCAAGGCAGAGACGGUUAAAGAGAAACCCACAACGAACGGCAAGACAACACCCAAGGAAGCAGCCGAGGGAGAUGAGUCAAUAUUCCACUUACCUCCCGGUCUGCAAGACCUGAUCCAAUCGUUCGAGGUGACCAAAGACCGCGCCACGGCGAACCCAACACCUGCGGUACAGCGUCUUCUUGCGACUUCUCUCACGACAUGUCCCGAACCCGGCGAUGCAGAGAAACCCCGGCAUUACAAGCCGCAAAAUCCCUACAACACUCCCCUCUACUACCCGCAAGAACCUCUAUCCAUCUUUGACGACCCACGAUUGUACGAUACUGGACGUAUUGACACGGACACGUUGUUUUACCUUUUCUACUACCGACAAGGGUCAUAUCAGCAGUACCUCUCCGCUAAGGCGUUGAAAAACCAAAGUUGGCGCUUCCAUAAGCAGUACCAAACAUGGUUCCAGCGCCACGAGGAGCCAAAGAACAUCACGGAGGAAUUUGAGCAAGGCACCUACCGGUUCUUUGACUACGAGAGCACAUGGAUGAACCGGCGCAAGGCUGAUUUCAAAUUCGUGUACAAAUAUCUCGAAGACGAGUUGUAA